GUCAGCACAUUCUUGGGAUAUUUUUGUAAUGGUCCUUAUUUGAGCCCUGGGGUUUAAAGGGGGAAAAAGGGCUUUCUUUUCCUUCCUCCCCACCUCCCAAUAUAUCUAUCUAUAUAGGGAGGAGCUUGAGAUCCCUCCAGCCCCGCUGAUCGCGAGAGCUUCAUAAAGCCCCAGCCUCUUCCCUUAUUUCUUCCCCACCGUCAUGGCUCGGCCGUGGAGCGCGCCUGCAGUGCUGGCUCUGUGGAUGAUGGGCGUUGCAGUCGCGGCAGCCGCCCCCGACGAGGAAGACCCCAACCCUGUAGAUCCCGGCAAACUCCUGGUCUUGACGGCAGCCACUGACGAGACAGAAGGUUACCAGCGUUUCCUGCGGACUGCCAAAUUUUUCAACUACACCGUCAAGACUCUUGGCUUAGGUGAAGACUGGAAAGGAGGAGAUGUGGCCCGGACCGUCGGUGGAGGACAGAAGGUCCGAUGGCUGAAGAACGAAAUGAAGAAAUACGCCAAUGAGGAGGACCUGAUUGUCAUGUUUGUGGACAGCUAUGAUGUGAUCCUGGCCGGGAGCCCCAUCGAACUUCUGUGGAAGUUCCGGCACUUCAAAAGCAAGCUGGUUUUCUCAGCCGAAAGUUUUUGCUGGCCAGAAUGGUCACUGGCUGAAAAGUAUCCAGCAGUCGCUGUUGGGAAGCGAUUCCUCAAUUCAGGAGGGUUUAUUGGUUAUGCCCCCACCAUCAAUCGCAUUGUCCAAAUGUGGAAAUACAAGGAUAACGAUGAUGACCAGCUUUUCUAUACACGCAUUUAUUUGGACCCAGGCUUAAGGGAGAAACAUGGGAUCACCCUCGAUCACAAGUCGAAAAUUUUCCAAAACUUGAAUGGGGCCAUUGAGGAGGUGGUUCUGAAAUUUGAGCCGACCCGGGUGCGAGCCCGCAAUGUGGCUUACGACACCCUUCCUGUUGUCAUCCAUGGCAAUGGGCCCACCAAGCUGCAGCUAAACUACCUGGGCAACUACGUCCCCAAUGCCUGGACAUACGAGGGAGGCUGUGGGACGUGCGACCAAGGCCUCCUGGAUCUGUCAGAUUUGCCGGAUGAAUCCUAUCCCCGUGUGCUGGUGGGGGUGUUCAUAGAGCAGCCCACCCCCUUUUUCCCUCAGUUUCUCCAGCGCCUCCUAACUUUCGAUUACCCUUACUCGCACCUCAGCCUCUUCAUCCACAAUCGUGUGGUGUAUCAUGAGCAGCACAUCCAAGCGGAGUGGGAACAGCUCCGUGAAGCCUUUGAUUCCAUCAAACUAGUGGGACCAGAGGAAGACAUCAGUGAGGGAGAAGCCAGAGAUAUAGCCAUGGAUCUUUGCCGGCAGGAUACCACCUGUGACUAUUACUUCAGCCUUGAUGCUGACGUGGUUGUGACGAACCCUGAAAUCCUACAGAUCCUUAUCCAGGAGAACAAGAAGGUGAUUGCGCCCAUGAUGUCCCGGCAUGGCAAGCUUUGGUCUAACUUCUGGGGUGCUCUGAGCCCCGAUGAAUAUUACGCCCGUUCGGAGGACUAUGUGGAGUUGGUCCAGGGCAAGAGAAUUGGGAUGUGGAACGUCCCCUACAUCUCCCAGGCCUAUUUAUUACGGGGGGAGACCUUACGUCAAGAGCUGCCCCAGCGCAAUAUCUUCACCUUGGACGACACAGAUCCGGAUAUGGCUUUUUGCAAGAGCGUGAGGGAGAAGGGCAUCUUCCUUCACAUCAGUAACCGGGAUGAGUUUGGGCGCCUUCUUUCCACCUCCAGAUACAACACGUCCCGCCUGCAUCCUGACCUUUGGCAGAUCUCAGAGAACCCUCUGGACUGGCAGGACAAAUAUAUCCAUGAGAACUACUCCCGGGUGUUGGAAGGGGAAUAUCAUGAGCAGCCCUGUCCUGAUGUUUACUGGUUCCCAGUGUUCACUGAUCAGAUGUGUGAUGAGCUUGUAGAGGAGGCUGAAAAUUUUGGUCAGUGGUCUGGAGGGAAGCACGAGGAUACCCGGCUGGCUGGUGGCUACGAGAAUGUCCCUACCGUGGACAUCCACAUGAACCAAAUCAGUUUCGAGAAGGAGUGGCUGCAGUUUCUGCGAGACUAUAUUGCUCCCGUCACAGAGAAGCUCUACCCAGGCUACUACACCAAGGCUCGGGCGAUCAUGAACUUCAUGGUCCGGUACCGUCCGGAUGAGCAGCCUUCGCUCCGGCCCCACCAUGAUUCCUCCACUUUCACCAUCAACGUUGCUCUCAACCACAAAGGGAUCGACUAUGAGGGCGGUGGCUGCCGGUUCAUCCGCUAUAACUGCCAAGUGGAAUCUCCCCGCAAAGGCUGGAGCCUGAUGCAUCCUGGGCGCCUGACCCACUACCACGAAGGCUUGCCCACCACCAGCGGCACCCGCUAUAUCAUGGUCUCCUUUGUGGAUCCAUAACCCCAGCUCCCCUGCUCCCCUUGGCCCUAUUAGGGGCUGUGGCGGUCAGCACACUGAAAGCCAGAGACGUAUGUAAAAGCAGAUUGUAGGACGGGGGACAGCGGUAUCUUCUUUUCCUUCCACUGCCAUCUGCCGUGGUGCCUUCAAAACAAUGGAUAGGGAUCGACGACUUCAUGCCAGGGUUUGGAAGGAUAUGGUCCUUGCCUAGCACUGAACUUUGGGCCACUAUUAAUCCAGGGGUGAGCACUGCUGCCUUGUGGGGUCCACUUAUCCUCCCUCCAUAUACUAUUGGUGGCAGGGGGACCAUCACACUGUCCUGAAGCAGAGGAAAGACUUACCAGCUCAACAUCCUUCUCUCCAAAUGUCAACCAAGAUUUUACCAGCAAAGCUUCCCCUGCCUCAAUAUAAACUAGCCAUAAUAUUGUACUUUAUAAUAGAACUCUAGAGUAGCAUCUACAAUGUAGAAUGUAGCUGGGUUGCUGUGAGUUUUCCGGGCUGUCUUGCCAUGUUCCAAAAGCAUUCUCUCCUGACAUUUCUCCCACAUCCAUCGCAGGCAUCCUCAAAGGUUUUGAGGUCUCUUGGAAACUAGACAGGUGGGGUUUAUAAAUCUGUGGAAUAAUGUCCAGGGUGAAAGAAUGAACUCUAGUUUGCUAGAGGCAAUUGCAAUUGGCCAGCUUGAUUAGCAUUGAAAAGCCUGCCAACUUCAAAGCCUGGCUGUUCCCUGCUUGGGGGAAUCCUUUGUUGGGAGGUGGACAAUUUCAACAGAAAGACAAUGAACUAAAUCUGGCUACCAGUAUUUUAAAAACCCUCUAAAAUCAGGUCAGUAAAUAUAGAACAUUCAGAAGACAGGGAAAUUCCAGGCAGGAAACAAUCAGGGCCAGUUAACACCUCCCAACGAAGGAUUCCCCCAGGCAGGAAACAGCCAGGCUUUGAAGCUGCAAGGCCAUUCAAUGUUAAUCAAGGUGGCCACUUACAACAUUCACAUUUCAACAGGCAAGAGUUCUUUUUCCCAUCCUGAACAACUCACAGAUAUAUAAACCCCACUUGUCCAGUUUCCAACACCUCACAACCUCUGAGGAUGCCUGCCAUAGAUGUGGGUGAAACGUCAGGAGAGAAUGCUUCUGCAACAUGGUCAUAAAGCCCGAAAAACUCACAGCAACCCAGUGGUUUCGACCAUGAAAGCCUUCGACAACACAAUGUAGAAUAUAGUUUGACCCCACUUGUAUUGCCAUGGGCCAAUGCUUUUGAAUCAUGGGACUUGUAGUUUAACAAGUGCAGAAUGACUCACCAAACUUCAAAUCCCAGCGUUCUUUAGCAUUGAGCUAGUUGAAGUGGGUCUCAAGCUACAUUCAUACUUCAAAGGUAUUGUGAAAGUAUUCUUUUAACCGUAAUAGAUUUUUCUCUGAAAGAAACUCAGAGAAAAUGGGACGGUUGCCAAAGAAAGGCAAUACACUUUCUUCUCCUUAGAUGCAUGUAGAACAUGAAUGCAGUUUCCUCAAAAUAUUCAGUGUUAGCAGUAGCACAGUUCAUCAGCAAAUCAAACCACACUGAAUUUCCAAAGAAUUAUUGUGUACCUUUCAUUUUGACUUUUCCCUCAGGUCUCUCCAAUCCUAUAUUCUUACUUGAACCAAAAAAAAGGUUUUUGUUCUUUUUCGUAAUGCCAAGCAUUAAGCUUAAACAUCGGUGAAACAAAGAGUGUUUUUCAGUAACUUCAUAGUACCUUUAAUCACAAUUCAUCUUGCAUGUGAAAGGGUUUAGAGCAGGCAUGGGCCAACUUUGGCCCGCCAGGUGUUUUGGACUUCAACUCCCACAAUUCCUAACAGCCGGUAGGCUGUUAGGAAUUGUGGGAGUUGAAGUCCAAAACACCUGGAGGGCCGAAGUUGGCCUAUGCCUGCUCUAAACCCUUCAAAAAAAUGAGACAAAUGGCAUAGAAGGAAGCAAACUAUCAUUGUUCAACUUCGUGGUCAAGACAACAGAUGCCGCAUACGGUCUCCUCGGUGUAAGGAUUAUCUCAAGAGCUAUUUAAGGUGUGAUUAAUGCGUGUGUUUUCGGUCCUAUGUGGAGAUUAUCCUUUGUGGGGGUGUUUCUCUGAAUUUGUCAAUGCCCUUGAGCCAAGAAUGCCUGGAAGGAGAAUCUCAGCAGGCGCUUAAUGGCAAGGAGCCUGGCAUAACCUUCCAUAAUCCCAGCCUGCUUGAUGGGAUGGAUUCGUGUUAGCUGCCUUUAACUUAUUGGCGUUGCUCUUUUAAAGUACCGGUACAUCAAAUAAAUUGUAUUUUAAAUUGUAA